UUGUCUUCAUUCCUAUCAUGGGGGCGCCCUGGGUGUUUGGAGUUCUGGCUAUCAACGGAGACACCCUCGUAUUCGACUAUCUCUUCACAGCAUUGACGAGUUUCCAGGGCCUGAUGAUAUUCUUGAUCCACACUGUUGGAAAUAAAGAGUUUCGCUCCAAGGUUUCUCGCAAGAGACGGAAAGUUGAUCCAUUCUCAAACAGCAGAGGGCGCACUAAUCCUUCAAGCAGCGGUGCCACCUCAACAACCGUGAUUCCCAUGAAAUAAGAGAGCUACAAAUCCAGUUCAAUGCUAC